AUGAGAUUGAUUACUGCUUUGAAAAUUGUAGCAUCUAUAAUAUUUAUACGGAUACACAAUCGUCCUAAUGCUGCGUAUACUUCGGGUAAUAACAUACGAGGCCCAUACAAUAUUAAAGUAAGGUCUGGAAUAAUAUUCCAAAGAUUACUUACAGAACAAAAAUUUCAGAAAGGACUGGAUGAAUCAAAAUUAAAGAACGCAAUAUCAAAAAAUAAUUCGUAUAAAAAUGUAAAAUACACUUCAGAUGAUUUAGGAGUGUGUGCGCGAUUACAGGAGAGUGAUUAUUUCAAUGAUUUGGAAAUUUAUAAAGAGAAGUUUAAGCAUAAAUAUGCUAAAUGGAAAGGUUUAAAAAGACUAGAUGGUUAUUUUGAAAAAAAAUAUAUUUGAUAAUAUUGAUAGAAUACGUAAACAGCAGCAAGGGGUGGACAUUUAUAAUAGAAAAGUAAUAAAGAAUAUAAUUAAAAAGAGGGACAUACUAAUUAUUGUUAUAUCCCCAAUUUCAUUGAUCGUAUUAUUACCAACUAUAAUUAUAACCGUGCUCAGUUUAGGAUUAUAUACACACAUUUUUACCAUAUAUGGUAUUCUUCUCUUAAUAUUAACAUGCACAUUUUCAUUCUCGGUCAUUUAUACCAUGAUAAAAACGGCAAAAUAUUGUAGAUUAGAAGCUGGAAGGGGCAAACUUAAAUUUAAGGAAUAUUGUGCGCUUUGUAAAGAUAUAUUUUUUCCUUAA